UAUAAAGUGGUCGCGUGCUCCAAGCGCGGUCACUCUGUCGUAGAGACAUCGAGGUGACGAUACCAAGAGAGAAAGAGAAAGAGAGAGAGGGAGGAAGAGACUUUUACUCAAGAGUGGUACAUUCUUCUGGGACGAGGGCACGAGACCAGGAAACACUUCCGCCUAGACGAGGUUUGGAACGAUGCUGUCCAUACGAAGCGUGGUUACCGUGGCGUUGAUGCUCUUCGUCUUCGCGGAAUACACGGGGGCGAUGCCGACGAUCGACAAAGAUAAAGACAGAUUUUUGAAAAACAUGAACCAGCUGGUGGAUGCCGACGACGGCGGCAUCGAGACGGCCCUGAUGAAUUACCUGCUCACCAAGCAGAUUGUGAAGCGUCUUCACAAUCAGCUGGACAUCAGCGACGACUUCGAGCGCAAGCGGCGCAAGUGGCAGCUGUGCUCCGUCAACGCGAUAGCCUGCUUCGGUAAAUAGGCGCGCGGCGGGACGGGGGAAAAGCCGGGCGAGAGAGGCGCAAGAGAAGACGACACGCGAGCGUCACCCCGCCGGAAGGUUCAGGAACCCCCCGUGACCACGCGGGAAAUCCCCCGCGCAAGGGGGAUUCCGCUAAUUUUAACCCGCGAAAUAUGAAAACGCAACGCGAUUCAACAACGCAUUAACGCAGUGAAAAAGAAUUUCUUUAUGUUCAAGAGAAUAUAUCCAUUUCAAUCGUCUCCUUGAUUUGAAAAAAUAUUUUUUAGGUUUGCAAAUAAAUUAUUUUAUGCUAGCUAAUAUUUAUUUAAAUCAAGGAAACGAUGUUAAAACAAAUAUAUCUACUUGAGCACAAAAACCUUUUUCAGUGUAGUUAUGCACCAUUCAUUGCCGUUAAUUAAUUACGAUUAGCGCUGUUAAAAUGUUCGUUAGCCAAAUCGCAUCCCCAUCCCCAUAAUCUGAAAUAUGAUAAUUCGAUACGCAAAGUAACCGACUGCAAAGUACUCGGCGCGAAUAAUUCGUCUAGCGGGGCAUCCCGACGCGCGCUGGUCACGCCGAAACGUGCUCGGCGCUGCGAUGGAAAGAUCCGGCCUCUGAUAAUGCAAUAAAAAAUUUAUUAAUUUCAAUAACCGCGCGCUGCCCAGUCUAGCGUAAUUCGCGCGCGAGUAAUUCGCCGGAAAUCGACUCUCUCACUCGCAUUUGAGCUUCCCUGAUAUACCUGACGUAGCGAACAACGUAUAACGUUUGUUAAAUUUAAAGAAUAUUGCGGAGACGAGUCUCGGCCAAGAGAAAAUAAGCGAUGUGAAUGAAAGAGCACGAAGAUGGGGGGUGUAAAAAAAAAAAACACCGACGUCCGUCGUCGGGGCGGGCAAAUAAUUUCUUUACUGAAACGAGACGGCGCAGGUAAAUAUUGCGGAAGCGAAUUGAUCGAGAAAAUAAGCGAGGAAGCGUAGAGAGAAGCGUGCGACGCGAAGAAAUCUCUUUGUCAAAACAAAACGACGCGAAAAGUUCGAGGUCCCGGAUUAUUCCAAGUUCUCGCCCGACUUCCGCAACCCUUUAUCAUCAUCCGGCGGCGUGCAUCCCGAACCUUCCGGCGCGCAGAGGCAAGACGAAGAAAGAGAAGCAGAUUCUCCCUCUCAUCCCCUCGCAAGCUGUCCGACCUUUAGAGCUUUCAAGAUUCACAAAGUAGCUGCGCGAGAGUCACUUCUGUUCUUUUCGAAUCCCAUCUGCAUCGAACCAUCCCCCUCGGUC